UUGCGGUCGUGGCGUAGCUCGCGGUCGAGGCUUUCUUGCUGGUUUGUGGGAGCGAGGCUGAACACAUCGCUUUAUUUUUAGCCGAGAAUUUGGUCUCGCUUUCGCGCGUAAACACAGGGAAAACCUCCGGAACAUCAUAAACUCUGCCAAGAACAAGCAAACAGCAAACUUUACACAAUCACUGGCCUAGAAAUGGCCGAGACCUUGGCAGAUUCACUGGCUGAAGAAACAACAAUACCAGCACAAAUAGUAAUUGAUCAAAGGGUAGACGACUCGACGAUUUUGCAAGAAAAUAUCAAUGAAACUAUUACAACUACAACCAUAGAAAGCGGAUCACAUACAUCGCAACACGCUCAAAGUAUUGUUACAAGUGCUCCAGUUAGUUUAAGCGAGGAAAUAGCAACUUCUAAUGUUCUACGUGAAAGCAUGUCUGUUAGUACUCAAGUGAAUGUGAUGUCCGAGUCGGCGAUGGACGCGGGACUCGAGGAACAAAAUAUGUUACAGGGCGAGGAAAGCGGGGUUCUCGAAGGGGAUGACUCUCUCGCCCAGGCUUCAGAUACGGUGACUAUUUCUCAGCACACUAUAGUUGGCAUUGAUGGUGGCUUACAAAUAGCUUCCAACGGACUAGAGCAGACCUCGGCAAAUUUCCCCCCAUGGGCGAGUCGUCUACAUGACUGUGAACUAAUAGGGGACUCCUACAGGGGAUAUGUAACGAACGAGGUGGAGCUAGACUUGAUUCUUACACUACAUAAGCAGCAUACUAACAGCUGUUGGGGAACAAGACAGUCUCCGUCAUCUGCGAAGCCAUCAAUCAGGCUGAUGUGGAAAUCACAGUACGUUCCUUAUGAUGGGAUACCCUUUCUUAACACAGGUCGUAGAGCAACUGUCAUGGAGUGUCAGUACGGCCCAAGAAGAAAGGGCUGUAUCGCCAAGAAAUCCAAUGAAUACGAAGAUGAGAGUGGACAACUAAAAAAACCUCACAGGCCAACCUGCCCUGCAAGGAUAUACAUCAAAAAAGUGCGGAAAUUCCCUGAAUACAGGAUUGACCCAAACUUGGAAGGGAAGAAUGUUAGACAAGCUCAGGAAAGGGCCUUGACAACUCUGCGACUGGCAGGGGUAGAGAUGGGAGGAGAAGAGAGGUUUUAUGUCCAGUUGCCUCUCCCUAUCGCACAUGAGUAUCAUGACACAGAUGAUGUUCCCAUGGCAACCUUAGAAGACCAAGGACAGCGUCUUAACCAACAGAUUAUCUCCAAGAUCCAGGAGUAUGUAGCAAGAGGUGUGACGGGUCUUUACGCCAUUAAGCACCUACUGAAGGAGUUUGUUGAGAAGGAGAUGUUCUCAGGCCAGGAAGCUCCGCCCAAACACAACAAGGCGUACUUUCCAACCAUUAUUGACAUCCAGAACCACAUGCAUCAGGCACAAAUGGCGCUGGCAUCAGGCACUCUGAUGGCGUUACCACCGCUGACCAACCUUCAGAUUCCCAAUCAACACAAAGACAGACCCCGUAAAAGGAGGAACCAUGAGAAAGUGACACAGACCCCCCAGGGUCUUGCUACUGUACACGCUAUCGCCAGCAUCCAGCAACACCUGGAUGACAGCAUCUCUGAAGAGGAGCAAAAACAGUCAGAGCAGGAAGACCUAGAACAGCAACUGAACAAGAUCCAUCCACACAACACAGGAGAGCACCAGAUCUUAGUGACACCCUCCAACGGAAUGCAUGUACAGACGAAAGAUGGACAAGUUGUAAUUGUUGUCACGUCAAACAGCGUUUUCUCAAGCCAACAAGAUUCCGAAACACCCAACACCUUCGCGCUGACCGCACUACCUGCAUCACAAAUCAACACCUUGUCACACGGGACCCUCGGAACACUUGGGGCGGGAGGUCAGACUGUACUCAUAACCCACCCAGGCGAGCAUGGACAAUACCUCACUCAGUCGGACAAUAUCCUGACGGUACUAAACUCAGGGCUUGCGACCACCGAUGAGGGGGCGCUGCUUGGGAUAGCUUCCAAAGGCGUGGGUACUACGGCUGCCACCCGACCAUCAGUCCCAGAGCAGCUCCUUGCGAGCCAAGCUGCAGUGGCUGCUGUGCUUAACGCUGCUGCGGCAUCUAUUGGUUCUGAUGAGGAUUCCAAGCAGGCUGAUGAGGAGGGGAAGGAGCCACCGGCUAAACGCCGAGCUAUGGCUACCAUUGAUCUGUCAUCACUCGUCAAAGAAGCAGUAGUUUAUGACCACAGUCAGGGUCAGAUGGUGACUGUUAAUGAAGACCAUGUGACCACAGAAAGUCAUGUGACCUCUUCAGCCCAGCUGACCUCCGCUCUACAAGCCCAGUCCACCUCAGCCCUCAACACAACAAUUCCCAUAACUUUUGAAACCAAGCAGGAGGUCGCUGCUAUGGAAGCACAGCCCCAGAGGGAAAAUGAACAGGACCAUGCACCUACGGUGCUAGAGGGGGGAGCAAUAGGAGAUUAUGCAGAUAUCAGUAUCCCAUCAACCACUGCACCGCAGCUAAUGCAAGCUAACUUUGAAGUCAGAGAUUUGAGACAAGUGGCCAUGGAAACAUCUGAUGAGACAAUGGCAACCACUCAGGUGAUUGACAGCUUUUGCCAGUCAAAGUCACAUGACAUGAGUGAAGUUGUAAAACUGAGUGCAGAAUUGAGCCAAGAUGGGGUCAGCGGUAAUACAGAGACCAUUGAAAUGGAUGCUACUACAUCCAAUGGGGAAACCACUGAGGUUUUCAGCCAAGUCGCGACCAGCUACUCGCUGGUAAAGGCAGAGCAAGCAAGCUGUUAAACAACCUAUCCACAGGCUAACGAAAAUAAUAUGUGCGACCAAUAGCUCAGAGACGUUCCAAUAAAGACAUAGGACAUAGACUAGCCAAAUGUUUCAAUAAUGGUAUUAUAAUGGUGCUAUACUAGUCUAUACAUCAUUUUAUACCAUACCACAACUGAAUACAUGAAAUACCUCACACUAGACCAUACCAUAAUAUACCCUGAACUACCAUACUAUACCCUGACAUAGUAACAUACAAUACAACACAAUACCAUACAUACCAUACCAUAAUAUGCCCUGCCCUACCAUACCAUACCACGACAUACCAUACCACGACAUACCAUACCACGACAUACCAUACCAUGACAUACCAUACCAUGACAUACCAUACCACGACAUACCAUACCACGACAUACCAUACCAUACCAUGACAUAGUACAAUACAACACAAUACCAUACAUACCAUACCAUACCACGACAUAGUACCAUACAAUACAACACAAUACCAUGCAUACCAUACCAUAAUAUGCCCUGCCCUACCAUACCAUACCACGACAUACCAUACCACGACAUACCAUACCAUACCAUGACAUAGUACAAUACAACACAAUACCAUACAUACCAUACCAUACCAUGACAUAGUACCAUACAAUACAACACCAUACCAUACAUACCAUACCACGACAUACCACACCAUAAAAUGACAUAGUACCAUACAAUACAAAACAAUAUCAUACAUACCAUACCACGACAUACCAUACCACGACAUACCAUACCACGACAUACCAUACCACGACAUACCAUACCACGACAUACCAUACCACGACAUACCAUACCACAACAUACCAUACCAUGACAUACCAUACUAUGACAUACCAUGACAUACCAUACAAUACAACACAAUACCAUACAUACCAUACCAUACCACGACAUACCAUACCAUACUAUAUGAUACAUGAGAUACCAUCAAAACCACAUCUUACCAUUCCAUACCAUAUUAUUAUUAAUCUCUAGUUUGUAGGAUGACUCCUAUAACAUCUUAAUCAUUUAGUGUAAUAAGGUGUAAUUUAGUUUAUUCUUUUGACCUCUUGGAUUUGAGUAUUUAUAUGGAACAUUCACUUGUAAUAAAACAAAUUCUGUUUUCUGA